AUGCCACCAAAGCCGUCAGCCAAAGGAGCCAAGAAGGCAGCGAAAAGCCAGAAAGCCAGCCGAGGUGGUGACAAGAAGAAGAAACAUCGUCGAAAGGAGAGCUAUUCGGUCUACAUCUAUCGUGUGCUGAAGCAAGUACAUCCCGACACUGGUGUGUCCUCGAAGGCAAUGUCGAUCAUGAACUCAUUCGUCAACGAUGUUUUUGAACGCAUUGCUGCUGAAGCGUCACGUCUAGCACACUACAACAAGCGGUCAACGAUCUCAUCCCGUGAAAUCCAGACCGCUGUGAGACUGAUCCUCCCAGGAGAACUCGCGAAACAUGCAGUCUCCGAGGGAACCAAGGCGGUAACCAAGUACACUUCUAGCAAGUAG